AUGAAUUUAUUAAAAAUUUUUCAAAAAAUUAUUACGAGUAGUGAUAUUAUUUUAAAUCUUGAAUGGGUUAAAAUUUUACUUGUUGUUUUUGUUUUGUACGUUGUAAGAUUUUAUUAUAAAUAUUUUACUCGUACAAAUCCUCUCAAUGGACCUAUACCGUUACCACUUAUUGGUAAUAUACAUCUUUUUGGAUUAGGGAUGUCGAAGGCUUUGUCAAAAGCAACAAAGCAAUAUGGCAAUGCAUUCGAGAUUUACCUUAUGACACAACGAUGUAUUGUUGUAUCUGAUCCAAAGGAGGUUGAAAAAGUUCUUAAUAAUUCACCAAGAAACAAAUUUUUUAAUAGGCCUGAAUUAGGUUCACUUCAUGAAUACAAGCUUAACACUGGUGUGGCAUUUAAUAAUGACUACCCAGCAUGGCGAUAUAAUCGAAAAUUUAUUGCACAAGCAUUAUUGUCACCAAGGCUUUUAAAAGAAUCAGUCACCACCGGUCAACAAAAUUUUGACAAAUCAAUGAAAUAUUGGCAAAUAAAUCAUGGGACAAAAAAAGAGUUUGUUGUUAAUAUAGCAGAAUGGGCAAGAUCUUAUACAACUGACUCAAGUUUUAAAUUAUCAACUGGUAUACCCGCUCAUUCAUUAGCUUCCUACAACAAAAUUUCAUUGGAUGAU